AUGUUGGAAUUGUACAAUUUUAUUUUAUACAACUUUCUUCACAUGGCUAAAUUGAGUCAUGUCUUCAUUUUGCACUGCUGGUCAACGGACUCACUUGCACGCUUAGCAAUGAUGGCACAAUCUAGAAAUGUUUUUACCCAAUUCCAGUCACUAGACUCGAAACUUCGACUAAACGAAGAGUUUCUUCAUCACAACAUGCUUAAGUUGGGCGUUUUCUUGGACUUAAAUUGCAAUCAAAGCGGUGUAGUUUUGGAUAGGGCCAGUGCUAAGAGAUUUCUUGGUCAUCGCUAUCACUGGCUCAUCUACGAUAGGUCGACGAGUUUCUCCCAAGUAGAAACGCAUUUUAAGGAGGCUCAGAUUUUCGUUGAUGCUGAUGUAACUUAUGUCAAGAAGGACCCCAUCACGGACAACUUCUUACUCUUCGAUCUUUACAACAAGGGCAGACAACUUGGAGGAGAAUUAAAUAUAACAGCUGAUCGAGAAAUAAUUUGUAAUAAAAGCGGGUGCCGGGUUGAACGAUAUCUCAGUGACCUUCAUACCAGGAAUCCUCUGCAACAUAGAAAGUCAUUUACUGGAUUAACCAUAAGAGCCACUGCUGUAGUCACCGCUUUACCCCUGAAUAUCUCCAAGGAGAAGAUAUUUGAUUUUAUGGAGGCCAUGGAUCGAACUUACCUUGACACUUACGGCAGAUUGGGUUACCAUGCACGACAGCCCCUGCGAGAUAUGUUAGACUGCGAUUUUGAGUACAUAUUUAGGGAUCGUUGGUCGGAUGGCAAUGCCACGGGCGGAAUGAUCGCAGACCUUAUCCUGGAUGGAGCUGAUUUGGCGAUAGCACCUUUCAUCUAUUCGUUCGAUCGUGGCCUAUUUCUGCAACCUAUAACAAAGUUCAGUGUUUUCCGGGAUAUCUGCAUGUUCCGUAACCCGCGAUCCCUAUCCGCUGGUCUAAGUGCCACUGAGUUCUUACAGCCCUUCAGCGGCGGAGUUUGGCUUACAUUCGCACUUUUACUUAUCCUGGCAGGUUGUCUACUUUGGAUCACCUUUAUUUUAGAGCGUCGCACGGAAUGGAAACCUUCAUUACUAUCCAGCUGCCUACUUUCUUUCGGAGCUGGUUGUAUCCAGGGUGCUUGGCUGACACCCAGAUCAAUGGGUGGGAGGAUGGCCUUCUUUGCCCUGAUGGUGACGUCCUUUCUGAUGUACAACUACUAUACAUCCAUUGUGGUGUCUAAGUUGUUGGGUCAGCCGAUUAAGUCAAACAUCCGCACACUGCAACAACUAGCGGACAGCAGUCUGGAGGUCGGCAUAGAACCAACGGUUUAUACCCGCAUCUAUGUGGAGACCUCUAAGGAGCCAGACGUCCAAAGUCUUUACAGAAACAAGGUUCUUGGCAGCAAACGAUCACCUGAUCGAAUUUGGAUGCCCACCGAAGCAGGUGUCUUGGCGGUGAGGGACCAGGAGGGCUUUGUCUAUAUCACUGGUGUGGCAACCGGCUACGAGUUCGUGAGGAAGCACUUCCUGCCUCAUCAGAUCUGCGAGCUCAACGAGAUUCCAUUGCGCGAUGCCUCCCAUACUCAUACCGUUGUGGCCAAGAAGUCGCCCUACGCGGAGCUAUUUAAACUGAAUGAGCUGCGUAUGCUGGAGACCGGAAUUCAUUUCAAGCACGAGCGGUAUUGGAUGCAGACCAAGCUCCAUUGCUAUCAGCACAAUCACACGGUGGCCGUGGGUCUGGAGUACGCUGCUCCGUUGUUCAUCCUCCUGCUGAGUGCGAUCAUUCUGUGUGUAGGUGUGUUGGGAUUGGAGGUCAUCUGGUACCGCCAUUCCACUCUUCAUUAA